CCAGUCACCGCGUCCGUUGUUCCGGCGCGCCGUGAACAAAGCUUCAGUACUGGAAAGCAAUACAGAUGGAUGUAUUUUCACAACCCUUAAUUCAGAAAAAACCAUCCCAAAAUCCCCCAAAUUAUCCCAACGCGAAAAUCAUGGCCACAAAAGAAGUAUAAAUAAUUAGGGAUUUUAUUCCACUCAUGGAAAAAACAAUCAACCACACGGCCCAUCAGAAGGCGGCGGAGGCGAAAGAACAUCGGAGGCUAUAGCAGCAGCAGAAAACAGGACGGCGAUGGAGGCUGAGAACAGCGGCUUCACGGCCGAUAAGCGGCGGCUGCCUCUGUCGAAGGUCGUUGCCGACUGCGUCGAGCGGUGGUUCGAGGACGCGCUGAAGGAGGCGAGGGCCGGCGACAUCAAUAUGCAGGUGCUCCUUGGCCAGAUGUACUACAGUGGCUAUGGCGUUCCCAAAAACGCCGGCAAGGAGAGCCUUUGGUUUACAAGGGCUUCAAGAGUGAGGUCUUCUGUGUGGGAGUUAUCGGUAAACGUCCUGGUUAUUAAACGUGCUAAGCCUCCGCGCGCCGUGAACACGUUAGGUUCCAGCCAUCGCUUCCAUCCGUCAGUGAAGUUUCAGCCCCCGCCUCAGUUGAACACGCUUGUCUUUCCUUCCGCUUCCGCCACCGGCACCGCCGACACAGAGACCUCUGCCAUGUUGGGAGUGCAGAUAAAUUUUUCAGGUAUAGCUUGUUUCACCAUUGUUGAUAAGCAGUUAUAUUGUAUUUGGAACUUCUGCUCUGGACCAGAUUCCAUAGUCGGACGAGCUGUGGUUAUCCAUGCUGAUCCCGAUGAUCCUGGACGAGGUGGACGUGAACUGAGCAAAUCCACUGGAAACGCUAGUGGUAAGGAAAAAUAA